AUGCCAAAACGUAGCGACAACAGACAGUGCUCCGCCGACCGCCGCGCACCGCCGGGCAUAGCGCGCCAUGGACCGCGCGAGCGGCAGCCCGCCGGCCAGCCCGCCUGCUGCGCAUACUGGCGGCUUCAGCGCCUUCUGCAGCGCGAUCUCCGAUACGCUUUCGGUACGUACCCGCCGCACCAGUUACUCACUACGCGCCCGACACUCACACCUACACACUGCCGCAAUUAUAGAGCGCUCGUUGAGGCCGGGUCGCACGGUCGCGAUUUGUCCGAUGGCUGUGAUAUACCGAAAUACCCGCGCAUUAAACGUCUGCUCGACUGUUGCGACGUACAAAGGCCAGCUGCGACACCGCACUCGUGCUACCUCAGCAACCUUGCCGUCAUCACCGGCUCCGCUUGUGUCCCACAGUGCACUCGCUCCUCACCAGUCACGGCUGCUGCUCCAUCGCGCUACCACUUCGCUCCCAUUGACCAAGUCUAUCGUGACACCCACCCUUAG